AAAAAAAAAAUAGAAAUAAAAGAGAUUUGAGUUGGAGCUAGUCUGAUGCAGCAGGGAGUCCUGUUUUCAUCACCACCCCUCUCCCCAGCCUCGGGCAUGGCUGAGGGGCCUUGGGGUCCCUGAUCCAGCCUCUUCUCUUGCAUGAUGGUGCCUCACGCUCCGUGCUCGGCCUGCAGUGCUGUCUGGAAUGUCCCACCUGGAGCCACCAGAGUGACCUUCCUAACAGAAGAUACGAUCUGCCUUAAGGCUUGGACCCAAAACCCCUGCGGGGCCCAGGUUGCAGUGGCUCAUGCUUGUAAUUGUAGCACUUUGGGAGGCUGAGGCGUGAGAAUCACUUGAGGCCAGGAGUUUGAGACUAGCUUGGGCAACACAGUGAGAUCCCAUCUCUACAAAAAAUAAAAAAUUAGCUAGGCGUGGUGGCACGCGUCUGUAGUCUCAGCUACUCAGGAGGCUGAGGUGCUAGGAUUGCUUGAGCCAAGGCGGUCAAGGCUGCAGUGACUCCAGCCUGGGCGACAGAGCAAGACCCUGUCUCACAAAAAAUAAGAAAAUAAACCCUUAUGCCCUGGCUCCGCCUCCCUGGCCAGUCUUAUCCCUGCCCUCACUGUGCUUGGACCACUGCACACUGCACUUUCUCAGGUGUGGCCUGUUCACCUGUGGCCCCCUUCUACCAGGAAGACAGCUGCUCCUCUGCCCAGCGAGUGCCUCGGAGUCUCCAGAGUCUUCGUCACUCCAGCCGCAGAGGCUCCCCCAUUCUGCGACUCCUUUUGCUUGUGGCCAGUGGUAAAUGUUGGGCAGCAGGCUUCUGGGUGCAGUGGAGGGGCUGGCGGUGGUGCCUGCCCAUUUCCAUGGUGUGGAUUCUCCAUCAGUGAGAGGUCCUUGAGCUCAGAGUUGGAAGGUGCGAGUAGCUGCCCUCAGGAGCUGGUCUGAGGCUGUGGCCUUAGCACCACGUCAGGCCCCAUGAGCAGCACCAGCAAUAAGAGGGCUCCAACCACAGCAACCCAGAGGCUGAAGCAGGACUACCUUCGCAUUAAGAAAGACCCGGUGCCUUACAUCUGUGCCGAGCCCCUCCCUUCGAAUAUUCUCGAGUGGCACUAUGUCGUCCGAGGCCCAGAGAUGACCCCUUACGAAGGUGGCUAUUAUCAUGGAAAACUAAUUUUUCCCAGAGAAUUUCCUUUCAAACCUCCUAGUAUUUAUAUGAUAACUCCCAAUGGAAGAUUUAAGUGCAACACCAGGCUGUGUCUUUCCAUCACGGAUUUCCACCCGGACACGUGGAACCCAGCCUGGUCUGUCUCCACCAUCCUGACCGGGCUCCUGAGCUUCAUGGUGGAGAAGGGCCCCACCCUGGGCAGUAUCGAGACGUCGGACUUCACAAAAAGGCAACUGGCAGCGCAGAGUUUAGCGUUUAAUUUGAAAGAUAAAGUCUUUUGUGAAUUAUUUCCUGAAGUUGUGGAGGAAAUUAAACAAAAACAGAAAGCACAAGACGAGCUCAGUAGCAAACCCCAGACUCUUCCCUUGCCAGACGUGGUUCCAGACGGGGAGACGCACCUGGUCCAGAAUGGGAUUCCGCUUCUCAACGGGCAUGCGCCGGGGGCCGUCCCCAACCUCGCAGGGCUCCAGCAGGCCAACCGGCACCACGGACUCCUGGGCGGCGCCCUGGCGAACUUGUUUGUUAUCGUUGGGUUUGCGGCCUUUGCUUACACGGUCAAGUACGUGCUGAGGAGCAUCGCGCAGGAGUGAGGCCCAGGCGCCGAGACCCAAGGCGCCACUGCGGGCACCGCGCACCAGAGUGACCUGGGCAGGCGGGACACACGGCCCAGCACAGGCGGGCCCAGCACAGGCGGACUCAGCACAGGCGGGCCCAGCACAGGCGGACCCACCGGGCUCCUGGGUUUAGCGUUUAAAAGCCUGAAAGGGGAAGCAGCAGCCAAAAUGUGUGACUGGGCUUUGGAGGAGGCUGGAGACAGCCCUGCCCCGGCCUCCGCCGCUGGGGCUGGCGUGGAUGGGCCGCUGGUGUGCUGGAUUCGUAGCUUAUCUUCCGUGUUGUCUUUGGACCUGUUUUAGUAAACCCGUUUUUCAUUCUGUUAGAUGUGGUCACUUAGAAAUACAGACUCGCUGCUGACCGCGGGCUGCGCGUGCGUUCUUAGAGCUCCCGGCGCCGGCGGGUGGGAGCCGCGGGCCGGGGUGGAGCUGGCGUCCGCCGUGCAGGUCUGGCCUGGCCGUGGGGUGACGAGGCUUAGCGGGGCCAGCGGCAGGCGUAGCUCAGGAUCCAGGGAGACGGGCUUUGGUCUCAGCAUUUACAAACGUGUUUACAGUCGGGUGAAACGCAUUCCUUCUAGAGAGCGCGCGGGGCCUUCGGCUGUCCGGGGAGCCGGGAGCCUGCCCGCUCCGACCACAAGGUGUCGCCCUUGGCGGCGGGGCCGCGGGGCGGGGCGGGGCCUCCUGGGCGCCGCUGGGGGCUGCAGGCGCGGGGGCCUCGGGGGCCUGCAGAGCCUCUCCCCUGAAUUCCUUAAGUCCGGUGGCCCAGAAGCCCGUCCUCCGGUGCUGGUGGAAGGCGAAGGACCGGAGUCCCUGCGGGAGGCCCCCACGGCCGGCAGGCUGGCCCCGUGCACUCGGGGGCCUCCCUCACAUCCCUGCGCGCGCCCCUGCGCGCGCCCCGCCCCCGCGCGCCCCCGCGCCCCCCGCGCCCGCCUUCACAGUAGGUAACGGCUCCGGCCCGGGUGUUCGCUUUCCACGGAAGAUGGCAGAGGGGGACCCCGGCCCGGGAACGACGCCUGAGCCGGCAGGGGCUGUUCGGGCCCCGUGGCUCCCCGGGUCCGGCCGUCUCCCCUCUUCUCCGUCUGUUCCGUGACUUCGCCCGGGUGGGAUGUGCCGCAGGUGCAUCGCGUGGAGGUGGGUCACGGCCGCCGGCAAGAAACCCACCCUGUCCAGAGGCGGGCGGGAGACAAGCGCAGCCCAGCCUGCGCGCGCUCAUCUUUCUUUGUUUUUUCAUCAGUUUAUUCAGAAUUGCUCUAUAAUUUACCAAUUGUAUGUAUUUAACCUAUUGUGGAAAACAAAAAGUCUUUCAUUAUAUCUUUAUUUCUGAAUUU